CCUAGUCUGUGGAGCACAGGGUUGAAAAAGCGUUUAGGAGGGGGAAUGAAGACUGGAGAGUGAGAGCAGCCAGGAGACUGGACACUGGAGAUAACUCCACUCACUGGGAAAAACCAGGUGAGGUGAAAAGAAACAUCUCUUACAAGCCGUUAUUGUGUAUAUCACUGCAGGAGGUCCUCGCUAUCUGUAUAUUUUACCUUGUACUGGAGAACACGAUAACAGCUGGUUUAAACGCUGGACCAUAAGUUUUUAUGUGGAUACAGACUGAAGAGGAGAUUUUCUGCCGGACUGCAACAUUUCUUCGUGUUGUGAGAUGAGAGCAAUAGCAUUCACUCUGUUAAUCUUGGGCCUGCUGAGGAACAAUGUGAGAGCCGGAACCUCUAUCAGCAGCCUACGAAUGGCAGCAGUACAGUUUGAGAGGGAGCUGACGUGUAGAAAGUGGGACUGUGAGUGUGCGUUCAAGCACCAGCGAGGCUGCUGCUGUGCCGCCCCUGAGCUCCAAGAAAUGGAGGAUCAAAUCUUCGCGAGAAUGAUGGACUUGUUGACUAACAUGUCCCAGCUGGGUGAUGGCAUCCUUGAAGUCAUAGGAGGGCUAAGGGUUGCAUUUACAGCCUCCAUGAGCCGCAGAACAAACUGCUUUGGACCUUUUACCAGGAACAGCCCUAUUCCUUAUGAUGUUGUCACCCUUAACCAUGGAAGUGGAUACAACCCUGCCCUGGGCAUAUUCACAGCUCCUCGUUCCGGAGUGUACUCCUUCUCUUUCUCUGUCUACUCCAAGGUGGGCGAGGAAGGUGAGAAGAUGUACUACAAGGUGCAACUCAUGAGAAAUGGGGAAGUGGUGGCAUCCACUUGGGAGGACAACAGAGAGGACACAGAGGACAGCAGCUCCCAGACAGUGCUGCUGUCACUGCAGAAGGGAGGCCAGGUCUAUGUGGAGCUGCUGAUGGGCAGGCAGCUAUGUGGGAUCCACGAAGGCCUAAACUCCUUCUCCGGCUCCUUGAUCUACGCUACUCUGGCCUAAUACUGAUGUAUUUGUGUGGUCCAGAGCUUACAUGUGUUAGAUCUGUAAUUUCCACAUUCUUAUUUUGGAAAUUUAAUAAAAAUACAAUCAAAUACUUUUCUGAGAUUUAUAUUUUUGUUUAAAGAAAGGUGGAAAUAGGGAUGCAGUGACUUUAAUACAGAAUGAACAAGCAUAGCAAGUUCACAUUCCCUAUUAACGACAUAAUACUUAAAUCAGACAACUAUUUUCAGUUUGCCUGUGUGUACUGCAUCCGUCCCUGUCAAAUAAAUAAUACAUAUAAUACAUAAUGGCACCAUACCAAG